AAAUCCUCCCCUGAUUUAAGCCCAGGCAGCCUGUACGGAGCUGAUACCUUGGUGUCCCAGCCUUGCUCCAGGUCCGGCCUCCUGAGGGUCCCGGCCCUCCGCCCCACUGCACAGGAUGCAGGGCGGCUGGGUGCUGCUGCUGCUGGGCCUGCGGCUGCCGCUCUCCCUUGGCUUCAUCCCAGUUGAGGAGGAAGACCCAGCCUUCUGGAACCGCCAGGCAGCCCAGGCCCUGGAUGUUGCCAAGAAGCUGCAACCCAUCCAGACGGCGGCCAAGAACCUCAUUCUCUUUCUGGGGGAUGGAAUGGGGGUGUCCACGGUGACGGCCACUCGGAUCCUAAAGGGGCAGAUGAAUGGCAAGCCGGGACCUGAGACGCCCCUGGCCAUGGACCGAUUCCCGUACCUGGCUCUGUCCAAGACAUACAACGUGGACAGACAGGUGCCAGACAGCGCAGGCACCACUACCGCCUACCUCUGCGGGGUCAAGACCAAUAUGAAGGUGAUCGGGGUAAGCGCGGCCGCCCGCUAUGACCAGUGCAACACGACCCAGGGCAAUGAGGUCAUCUCCGUGAUGAACCGGGCCAAGAAAGCAGGGAAGUCGGUGGGAGUGGUGACCACCACGAGGGUGCAGCAUGCCUCGCCGGCUGGAGCCUACGCGCACACGGUGAACAGAAAUUGGUACUCCGAUGCCGACUUGCCUGCGGAGGCGAAGAAGAACGGCUGCCAGGACAUCUCCACGCAGCUCGUCUACAACAUGGACAUCGAUGUGAUCCUGGGUGGAGGCCGCAAGUACAUGUUUCCUGAGGGGACUCCGGACCCUGAAUACCCAGACAAUCCAAGACAGAACGGAGUUCGGAAGGACAAGCGGAACCUGGUACAGGAGUGGCAGGCCAAGCACCAGGGAGCCCGGUAUGUGUGGAACCGCACGGCGCUCAUUCAGGCGUCCCAGGACCCCAGCCUAACACACCUCAUGGGCCUUUUUGAGCCGGGAGACAUGAAGUAUGAAAAGGAACGAGACCUCAGCAGGGACCCCUCCCUGGUGGAGAUGACGGAGGUGGCCCUGCGCCUGCUGAGCAGGAACCCCCGUGGCUUCUUCCUCUUCGUGGAGGGAGGCCGCAUUGACCACGGACACCAUGAAGGUAUAGCUUAUAGGGCGCUGAUCGAGACUGUCGUGUUUGACACCGCCAUCGACAAGGCUGGCCAGCUCACUAGCGAAGAGGACACACUGACCCUGGUCACGGCCGACCACUCUCAUGUCUUCACCUAUGGUGGCUACCCGCUGCGUGGAAGCUCCGUUUUUGGGCUGGCUGAUGGCAAGGCCUCUGAUGGCAAAGCCUACACCUCCAUCCUUUAUGGCAAUGGCCCGGGAUACAAGCUCAGCGAAGGCGCAAGGCCUGAUGUUGAUGAAACCAAGAGCAGGGACCCCGCAUACGUGCAGCAGGCGGCCGUGCCCCUGGGUGCCGAGACCCACGGUGGCGAGGACGUGGCGGUGUUCGCGCGCGGCCCCCGGGCGCACCUGGUGCACGGCGUGCAGGAGCAGAGCUUCGUGGCGCACGUGAUGGCCUUCGCCGCCUGCCUGGAGCCCUACACCAGCGACUGCGACUUGCCGCCCCCCUCUGGCCCCACCGCCGCCGGGCACCCUGGGCCGGCCGCCUGCACCUCGCUGCUGGCGCUGCUGGCGGGGGCGCUGCUGCUGCUGCUGGCGCCCGCCCUGCACUGACCCCCACUGGCCUCGAAGCCGGAGCCCUGGCUUUGAUCAAGCUGCCACCUCGGUGUCCCCACCUGGGACCGUUCUCCAGACCUUCACCUCCAUGCAAUAAGGAGCCUCAGCCCCUCGGCGGACCUGACCCUCCUGGAGGCUGAGGCCCCGCCCGUCCUGAGACCCCCUUGGUCCUCCUACCGCCCCCACUGCAGCAGCCCUGAUUUUGUGCUGUGCCACCCAGGAGCCCAGGAACGAAGUAUGCUGGGACCAGCCAGUCUGUUCCCUCCCCCCAUCAUUGCCCUGCCUCAGGACAAGGUGGCACCAUCCCAAAAGUGUCCCCAGCGAGCUAAGACUGGCCAGGAGCAACCUGGAGUGCCUGGAGGGCGGGGCUUCCUGUAGACCAGGAAGGGACUCUGGAAGCACCUUGCUGGCCAGGGAGGCUGCUGGGGUCAGGACACCCAGGAAGCCUUUGAUGCAAGAGGCCUCAGCCCCCCGCCCCCAGCCCAGGAACCCAGAGGGACCAUUCCAGAGAGGAGGUGGCGACACAGAAAGGAGAGGAGACCUGUCCUCUCCCAUUCCAGGCUGGGAGAUCCAGGGAGCAGCCAGGCAGGCUGAGGGUCAGGGCAGGUCCCCUCCCUCCUGGGCGGGACAGAGCAGUUGUCAAAUAAAUGGUUGUACAGUG